AUGGCUGCUCAGGUCGCCCCCGCCGCCGCCAGCAGCCUGGGCGCCCCGGCUCCGGCCGAGCUGAAGAAAGCGGAGGCGCAGCAGCGGGAUUGUCCCCCGGAGGAGGCGGGGGGUGAGGCGGCGGCUGAGCGCGGCGGCGGCGGCGGCGAGAAGCAGGCGGAGAGCGAGGGCCCCCCGGGGAAGGAGCUGCAGGACGGGGCCGAGAGCAACGGAGGGGGCGCAGGGGCCGAGUCCGACCUGAAGAGCUCGAACGGGAACCCGGGCCCCAGGCCCGCCGCUGCCGCCGCCACCCUGAACAAUAACCUCCCGGAGCCGCCCGGUGGCGGCGGCAGCAGCGACGGGGUGGGGGCGCCGCAGCAGCAGCAGCCGCCGCAGCAGCCUCCCCCUUCCCACCCGGCCGCCUUGCCCCCGCCAGCCUACGGCUUCGGGCAGCCCUACGGCCGGGGCGCCCAGGCUGCUGCCGCCGCCGCCGCCGCUGCGGCCGCCGCCGCUGCCUUCCACCAACAUGGCGGACAACAAAGCCCUGGCAUGGCAGCGCUGCAGAGCGGGGGCUUGGAGCAGUCUUACCCGGGGCCGGCGGGAGCCCCCGCGGGGCCGCCCCCUCCCCAGAACUCGCACGGCGGCGCCGAGCACGGCUUCCCCAACCACCAGUACAACUCCUACUACGCGGCCGGCGCCGGGCGCAGCGCCGGCUCCUACCCGCCUCCCCCCCAGGCCUACGCCCUGAGCUCCCCCCGGGGCAGCGCGCAGAGCUCCGCUCAGGCGGCCGCCGGCGCCAAGUCCCCCGCCGCCGCCGCCUUCCAGCAGCAGCGCUUCGGGGUCAUGGGGCCCUCGGCCGCCGGCGGAGCAGGAGGAGGAGGGGGCGCCACUCCGCAGCCCACGGCCACCCCCACCCUCAACCAGCUCCUCACCUCCCCCAGCUCCGCCCGCGGCUAUCAGGGGUACCCCGGGGGCGACUAUAGCGGCGGGCCGCAGGACGGGGGAGCCGCCGGCAAGGGCCCGGCCGCCGCGGAUAUGGUCUCGCAGUACGGCGGGGGCAACGGCCAGGGCUGGGCCGCAGCGCCCGGCGGGGCUCCGCCGAGGAGUCACCACGCGCCCAUGAGCCCCGGGAGCAGCGGCGGCGGCGGCGGGGGACAGAGCCUCGGCCGGAGCCAGCAGCCUUCAAGUCCAAUGGAUCAGAUGGGGAAGAUGAGGCCUCAGCCAUAUGGAGGAAACAACCCCUACACACAACAGCAGGGACCUCAGGCGGGGCCACAGCAAGGACAUGGCUAUCCAGGACAGCCCUAUGGGCCGCAGACUCCCCAGAGAUAUCCCAUGGGAAUGCAAAGCAGGACACAAAGUACAAUGGGCAGCAUCUCGUAUGCGCAGCAGAUUCCACCUUACGGACAGCAGGGUCCCAGCGCAUAUGGGCAGCAAAGCCAGCCUCCAUAUUACAACCAGCAAAGCCCUCAUCCCCAACAGCAGCAGCCUCCGUAUUCUCAGCAGACUCCAUCCCAGACCCCUCACUCUCAGCCUUCUUAUCAGCAGCAGCAACAGCCUCAGUCUCAAGCUCCACAGCUUCAGACAUCGCAGCCUGCGUAUUCUCAGCAGCAGUCCCAGCCGCCCCAUCAGCAGUCCCCAACUCCAUAUCCUCAGCAGCAGUCCACAGCCCAGCAGCACCAACAGAAUCAGCCUCCCUACUCACAGCAGCAAUCACAGUCACCCUACCAGCAGCAGCAGCAGCAGCAAACUCAGCAGACAGCUUCCUCGGCUCUUUCUCAGCAGUCGUCUUCAUACCCUCAGUCACAGCCGCAGCAGCAGCAGCCUGCAUAUUCCCAGCAACGCUUCCCCCCUCCUCAGGAGUUAUCUCAAGAAUCUUUUGGCUCCCAGACAUCAUCUGCUCCCUCAAUGGCUUCCAGUAAAGGGCAAGAGGAUAUGAACUUGAAUCUUCAGUCCCGACCUUCUAGCCUGCCGGACCUGUCUGGUUCAAUAGAUGAUCUACCCAUGGGUACAGAAGGAGCCCUGAGCCCUGGAGUAAGCACAUCAGGGAUUUCCAGCAGUCAAGGAGAGCAGAGUAACCCAGCUCAGUCUCCUUUCUCUCCACAUACCUCUCCUCACCUGCCAGGCAUCAGAGGACCUUCCCCAUCCCCUGUUGGUUCUCCAGCUAGUGUUGCUCAGUCCCGCUCUGGUCCACUUUCACCUGCUGCAGUACCAGGCAAUCAGAUGCCACCACGACCACCCAGUGGCCAGUCAGACAGCAUCAUGCAUCCUUCCAUGAACCAGUCAAGCAUAGUGCAAGAUCGAGGUUAUUUGCAGAGGAAUCCUCAGAUGCCCCAGUACAGCUCUCCCCAGCCCGGCUCAGCCUUAUCUCCCCGUCAGUCUUCUGGAGGACAGAUGCACGCUGGAAUGGGGCCAUACCAGCAGAACUCCAUGGGAAGCUACGGACCCCAGGCCGGGCAGUACGGACCUCAAGGUGAGGCAUGGGGAGCUUCUCGAGGGGAAACUGAGCGCAGCAAGUGGGAAAGGCCUCUGUCAGUGGCAACAUCUUGUCUUUGGAGAACGUGUUUUGAGUUGUCUGCUCUUAAUGCGUGGGUGAUGCAAAAGAGUCCACUCCUUAUGAGGUGGAACAGCUUGUACUUUGAGUAUUAUGCUGAGAUUCAUGGCAGAUGUUAUUUGAAUGCUAGUUGUAAAUGGCCUCCUGGUUAUCCCAACAUGAACCAAGGAGGAAUGAUGGGUACUGGACCUCCUUACGGACAGGGACUUAACAGCAUGGCUGGCAUGAUCAACCCCCAGGGCCCACCUUAUCCCAUGGGUGGAAAUAUGGCUAACAACUCAGCAGGGAUGGCAGCAAGUCCUGAAAUGAUGGGUCUUGCGGAUGUCAAAUUAACUCCUGCAACUAAAAUGAACAGUAAGACUGAUGGGACCCCAAAAGCAGAAUCCAAGUCGAAGAACCAGAAAUCUGGGAGCAUGUGCUUGAUUUGUCAAGUCGCCCAGUAUGGAUUGCAAGAAUAAAGGAAUGCCACCACUAACAUCACAAUGGAGUUGGAGAGUUUUCUUCCCAGAUUUUUCUGAUGACAGCACAAAUAAAGGGAAGAUGUUCUGCAUCACAGUGAGUCAAGCAAUUGGGAUUAAAUAUCAACAACUCUGAGAGAGGAACUCACAACAACUCAAACUUGAGGGGCUGCACCGCUGCAGAUGAGGGCUUCUUUACAGACUGAUGAUUCCAGAUUUUCAGGUGAAUAUUUUAAAUAAAAGCCCCACUGGGAAAAACAUACAGUUCCGUGCAGGAUCACCAGCUGUCUCUGAGAAAGCUUUGCUUUAAAGGAUCAGUCUUUCACUUGCAAGUCUUCUGCUUGAACUGCUUUUCAGCAAGCAUUGGUGAGCCGAAAUUGGUGAGUUGUACUGGCUGCCCAUUGCAUGUACUUUUCAAAAGAUUUAGCAACCUCUGAACAGAGAUCACACUGUUUUCCUCCUCCCUGUCCCUUUCCCUUACGAUCGAUGAUCUCAGAUGAUCUGCUGUAUAUCAUCUCCACAAGUCUUUGUCACUGCAGCUCGCUGUAAAUUCCUGGCAGCAGAAAGCAGCGUUUUACUCUUUGACCCUGGAUUUCUGUCAGUUCCUUGAGCCGUGUUCAAACCUAAUCUCAGCCCUGGACAUUAUCAUAGGGUCAGCUUUUAAACAGCUCCAGAUUUCUACUGUCACGAACACCAUCCUUAAGCAAGUUCAAGCAACCUGGAGAUUUCAUAAGUGCUGCUACUGAUAUUAUGAGAGCAAUUUUCAGAAGCGAGUCUCUGGACUCCAUCACUCCAUCUUAUGACUCAGCCUCAGAAUGCAUACUGUAAGGGACAACAAGAAAUUAAAGGGCCCAUUUUAGUCAUUGUUUAUUGAAGGUCAGGUUGUUCUGCCAAAAUUAUCCAGAAGAGAAUUGCUUUCUCACAGGUCAACGUGACAUCUCAAACAAGUUUUCUCAUACCAAUCAGCUUGUAAGAGAGGCAAAAGGCAGUAAAUGCCCCUUUCAUUCAGACAGCUCUGUUGAUGUUCCCAGGAGACUCAUAUGCUUUCUUUUGCUCUGGAUCAUCAAAGAUGCAGAAAUGGGUAUUACAUCAGUGGUCUUUAUGUAGUAAACAAACAGAAAACAAUUCUGACAGACUGGCAUCCUGUUUGGCAGGUAGGGAGACACACUGUCAAUCUGAGAAAGCAGUGAAAAGGAAACCAGAAUUCCUAAGUUUCUGGUAAAAUGACAACAGAACAUUUGGUACCUAAUAAAUGAUACUUGCAGGAUACUUCCGUAGCUUCCUGUUAACAGAACAGUCUCCUUUGCAGGACCAUUCUCUUCCACAGCACCACCAUAUUCCAGAUUAGUUGAAUCUGUGUCCAAUGAGGAACUGAAGAGAUAUUUAGAGAUCUUGAUGGCUAUGGAAGAGCCUAAGCUGACAGAAGGCACACAGACCCAAACAAGGCUCAGACUGCUGGAAAACCUCCUGCCAGCCAGGGUGAAUGAAUGACAGUGUGGAGAGCAAGCUGAGACGUCGUCCUCUGUGUCUUCAUAAUGGUAGGAACAAUUCGUGGAUCCAUGUUGGCCAAUUCGUCUACUGAGGAAGCAGUCAGCUUAGUUUUGUACCAUGGGAUAUCACUUGUAAUAUCUUGUUUGACCUCUUGCUGUUCAAAAAGUGCACCCAUGUGUUUGUACAUCAUUUACAAAAGCCGGUGUUGUCUGGUGCUGCCAUAAUAUGUUGGGGUCCUAAGAGGAAAGAGCUAAAUCUGCAAACAUUUCUCAUUGUUUACUGGAAAUUAAAUAGGCAGUCCCACAAACUACUGCCCUGCCACAGAAUUACUUUCUUGGGAAAGUCAAGAGAAUUAAUACAUCAUGACAUGAGCAUACCUCAUCUCAUUUGAUUCUCUAUUUCUGGGGCAAAAAAAAAAUGAGAACCAGUGGGGAAAGAAGAAUACUAAAAGGCUCCUUCUGCUUGCUGAGAGAAGAUGGUCAGAAGAAUCAGCUGGUUUUCACUGAAGCUACGUGCUAAAUAGUGUGUUUCCUAUCUGCAGGUUCAAUUCAGCACUGAAAGCUUAAUUAGCAUUGCUCAGCAACAGGGAAGCAUUCAGAUUCACAAGAAUAGUUUUGGCUGAGGCUUCUAAGCACACUCUUUACAAUGGUCUCCAUGGCAUUUUUAAGCUGCUUGCAACUGUUCACUGUUAGGCAUUCUGAUUCAAAGUGAAAUUCUUCAACAACAGUGCCAUCAACAGAAGUGAUGUGCUUCUGAGCAAAACGGGCGUACAACAAACCUAAAUGCAUGGAACUUGGCUCAGAUGUUACCUAUAGCAAAAGCAUUUCCCCAGAGUGAGAAGAGGGAUACUCAGAAGCCAAACAGAUUGUUCAACAGUUAAUAGGAAGAUACUGAAAUAUGUGAAAUUGAUAACUUAGGAGUUGUUUUGUUGGAGGAGGGAUUCAGAAGCCAAAGCAAAGGAACUGCAAGGUGCCAGCUGAAGUUUCCUAUUGAUGGAUAUGUGCUGAACAGCCACCACAAACCCUUCCCAUAAUCUUAUCAGCUACAAGGACUCAGAGGAAUGCUACAAAAGUUGCUGGGUCAGGGAAAUGCAGUUCUGUAGGAGACAGAAAGAACACAUCCUGAGUUACACCAGGAGAGUUGAGGCAGGCUUCCCAAAAUGUCAUGCCACCAAAUGUGCUUUGCUCUGUACUGGAAUGUUGAAAAGCCCACAACCAAACAGUCCAAAAAGAUAAUGUUUGGUUAUUACAGAGAAGUGCCAGGAGCCAGAAAUAAUACAACAAGCAUAUGAGAAAUUAAACUCUUAAAUAGCGUCAAA